AUGCAUUCCCACACACUAAAGCUGCUAGUUUACUCCGCCGUCGUGCUGUUUGUGGCUCUCUGCGCUCGACGUCAAUUACAGCACUUGUCGGAACAUGGAUGCAGGACUGGAGAUUCAGACUUGGGUGGUGACAUCUCAUCCCGCUCGCAAGACUCCGAUGAAGACGGUCCGUCCGGAGACCUGAGGUUUAACGCUCAAGCGCUAGGAACCGGCGCAGCUGAGGAAGGCGUCAGCAGGAGCUGUGAGGAUGAAGCAUCUGGCGGUGCCGCUGCAGCAGCUCCAAAACCAGCAGCAGAUGAGGAGGAUGACGACCCAGACAGCAAACGCGGGCAUCCAGCUGCUGGAAAAGAAUGUGGGAAACAUACAGUGGAAAGGCAAGGGCGUGCAAGAUGGAUGGGGCCGCUGGCUGGCUUCUUGGAAACUGCCGGCAAGAAAAUAUCUUCCGUUUCAGCAAAAUCUGAUGUGGCAGCAAACCCAGCAGCAGGAGGGGUAGUAGCUACGGUCGAGGCGGACUGUGAUAUUCGCGGCGUUGGUACAGUGAUCUUGCAUAUUGAGAUUGUGGAGGAAUUUACACGCGAUUUGUUGGCACUAACGGAAGAGAUGAGCGUCGCGAUUUCACGCUAUGCGGAGCGGACAAGGUCGUUCAAGGCAGAUCUGAAGGAUAGCACCGACCGCGGCGGUGAACAAGGAGAGCCAAAACAAAAUGCAGCAAUUCAAGCAGGCAAUCGUGCCAGCGGCUUCUCUGCGAAUGAUCUCGUUGGCCCAGUACCAACUCUUCAGGCGACAGUUGGAGACGCUGCAACACCUGCUGCGUCAGAUGAAGUAACUGCAGGAACCAGCGGAGGCACCAAGAAUGAAGCACCGCAAGAGGCAGGCUCUCCCAAAGGAGCGCCUCAAUCCUUGCAUAAAGGCGACUUUGAUCUCGCAAUACAGGGAAACCUGCCGAAGCGCCAAGCAGACGCCCUUUUUGCAGUGCUAGAAGAGCAGGUUGGUGGAGCCAGCAUGGGCAAAGCUUCUCUGAAGGCAUUUGUUGGGCUUUAA